AUGCUUCAACGAGAAGGAUUUGUCCUCGCUGAUAUGAGUGCGUCAGCGCCGUCGCCUUCGCCUUUGCAGCGCUCUAGCUGGAAAGCUGAGGCCAUCAGGAGAGGGAACUUGAAGAUUAGUGGGCCGAUCCCAAUCACCGAAGAUGUGCCGCUGAACGAAGAGGAAGAGAAAGAGUACGCAGAGAAUGGCGUGCUGGACCGAACAUUGCAGCCGCAGGACGCGCCGGUAGAUCAGUAUGAACGCUCGCAAACUCCGCCAAGACCGCUGCAGUCACCCCCACCUGUGCCUGAACAGCACAUGUCAGCUUUGCGAUCGAAUCCGAUAGGAGAGCAGACGCAACGCGAUGAUGCUGUUACUGAGCGACCCAUCUCUUCAAGAUCCCCACCACAGGUGCGACAGUUGAAUGAAGUACAGCGCGAAAGCGUUGUGCCGUCGACUUCAAUUGCAUCCCCGACUCCCUUUCGCUCAACGCCAGAGAGCGCCAAUAAGGCUGCGCAGAAGAAGAAGCGCAAGAGCGGGCUCAGGAAUGUAUUUCGGAAGAUGUUCGGACGAAAGAGCCCGGACCGGGAAGAUCACGAGGAAGAACCGAUGCAGCGUGGUCAUAGCUACCACCACAGCGAUCCUGGUCUGCUGAGGUCAACACCACCGCGAGAACCGAGGACACCGCCUGCCGGUCCUCGGAUAUCAGAUCUGCCAGUAGAGGAGCUACAGCCAUUGCACCCAUUGGGCCAGCAUCUCCCGUAUCCCAUGAACGUGAAUGCCCCACCAGCGAGUCCACCCAAGGAGUAUCUCACUUUCGACAUGGAUAGGCCCGAUCUCGGUCGCCGGAGAGCGACACUACCCACUGUUCCAAGUGCUAUCACUCACCGGCGCAGUCUGGACGAGCCCCGAGAGAAGCUAUCAGCGUGGGAUGAAAGGGUGGAAGAAGAUGAGAUGUCUCCAGGUAUUGGUAUCGCCGUGUCCAGUCCCAUUCAAACGGUGGCCUCAAGACACGACAGACGACGAUCGAGAAGCGCAGAUGCUCUUCAUAGUCUCGCCAAAGAACGCGCGUCGACGGAGAGAGGACGAAGUGCGGAGAUUAAGUUCUGGCGGGAGAGCUACAUGUCCGGCAGCAUCUACAGUAGACCGCAAACGGCGAAAACGGUGGAGACCGUUCGCACCGUGCCGACGCAGGAGCCCAUGAUUCGUGAACCAGACAACGAGUCUUUUAACGAAAUGAGCGCGACGCUCGUCCAGGCGGACGACUCGCAGACCCCCACUCCGAUCACCGAAGAGCCGAAUCGCGAGCAGAAGCACGCUGAGCAACCCCCAGUCCCGGCCUUCAACUUUGGCGACCUGAAGAAUGCGCUGUUUGGACCCAAAGAGGAGACUAUUCCAGAGUCGCCUCAAGUCAGAGACGUCUCCCCACCACCUCCGCCGCCAGCCAAGAGUCAACAUCGCGUGCCCAUUGAGGACCGCGUUCAAGAUCUCGAACACAGGUACUCUAACCUCGAAUCACUUACCCGCCAGAUGUCAUCCCGCAACAACCGGCAAACCAUCAUUCUCGAAAACGCACCUCGUAACUUGCGAUCAAGGAAUCGGAGCGUAUCCGCAUCCGGUUCUCAUUCGCGAUCUCACUCCAGAGCAGCACCCAGCAUUCACCAAGAGCCCAUUCAUCAAUCAAGUAGCGAGACUCUUGAUCCUGAGCCUGCGCCUGGUUCCCCAACUCUAGCGGUACCCCCCGUUCCCAAUACGGGCAGCAACGAGGAGAAUGCGCGAGCGCUACGAAACGUGUAUGAAGCGCUCAGACACGAGAGGGGCGCCAGGAAGGCAUUGGAAUCACAAGUCCGCACUCUUCAACAUGACGUGUCAGAUCUACAUGCUCUGGUCAACAAACUCAUCGCUUCAGCGACCGCUACCUCACCAUCGUAUCCUACUCCUUCUCCUGACACGUUGAUAAUCUCAAGUGAAGAUCAGCGGAUAAGCUGUUCUACACCGAGAGCUCCAACGCAUGACCGAAAUGUGAUUUACGGCCAGAACAGCCAUAGCAAAGACCAGCGAUGGGGUAAUGAUGAUUCGAGCGUUUACUCUGAGGAUCUGGCGCGGAAGCCGAGCUACGAUGACGUCGCGACGCCAGACGUGUGGGCGACACCCAAGGAAGAAGGGUUUGGCGGAAGUGGUUUCUUCCAUGGUGAGGACAGGAUGAGAGGAUAUGCUUGA